AAAUGCAAGGUACACGUAUCUUCAUCUACAUACACUUCGACUCUGAGACUCAAAAGUCACAACACACGCACAGUUCAUAAUCUCUCUAGCUAAGCAAAAAUGAGUGGAGUAUUAUCAUCUUCAUCAUUAUCAGCGGCAUCACAGCUCAAUCAAUUCCAAUGCAAAUCUCUCUGCCUCGCCUCCAAGCCCUCCCUAUUCACCCCCAGCUCCGUCAAUUUCGCGCUCACGAACCCUAAAAGCUGCUCCCGCUCUUCAAUUUUGGCGCGAAAAUCGGGGCGAGCGGUUAGGGUUCGUGCUGAGGGCGAGUUUUCCGCGGAGGCGGCGACGGCGACGGAGGAGCCGCCGAAGGAGUUGACGGAGGUGGAGGUGUUGAAGAAGAAGCUGGUGGAUUCGUUUUAUGGAACCAACCGGGGGUUGAGUGCGACGAGUGAGACGAGAGCGGAGAUUGUGGAGCUCAUCACGCAGCUCGAGGCCAUGAAUCCCACGCCGGCUCCUACUGAGGCGUUGAGCCUGCUUGAUGGCAAAUGGAUUCUUUCGUACACAUCAUUCUCGGGAUUGUUUCCUUUGUUGUCAAGAGGAUCGCUUCCGUUGGUGAAGGUGGAGGAGAUAUCACAGACUAUUGAUGCUUACAGUUUCACUGUACAGAACUGUGUUCAGUUUGCAGGACCGUACUCUACCUCUUCCUUCACUACAAAUGCCAAGUUUGAAGUCAGAAGUCCCAAACGUGUUCAGAUAAAGUUUGAAGAAGGUAUCAUUGGAACUCCUCAGUUGACAGACUCCAUCGUGUUACCGGAAAAUGUGGAACUGUUUGGACAAAGCGUAGACCUAUCACCCUUCAAAGGCUUAUUCACUUCUGUGCAAGACACCGCUUCCUCUGUUGCAAAGACCAUUUCAAGCCAACCUCCCAUUAAGUUUAACAUCCCAGCCAGAAAUGCAGAAUCUUGGCUUUUGACAACAUACCUUGAUGAAGAGAUUCGGAUCUCAAGAGGAGAUGCAGGAAGUGUGUUUGUCCUAAUAAAGGAAGGCAGUCCCCUCCUGUUGCCAUGAUAUGUUGCCAUGCUAAGUUAAAACUCCAUAUGUAUUCUGCAGAAUGGUGGUGAUCUUUGACUCUGGUUUCUAGAAAUUUUAUAUUAUAGGAGAACAAACUGAACAGUUAUUGUAUUAUAUGUGUAUGUAAUGUUAUAUAGAAUUUCAACUUAACUAUCAUUAUAUGUAUGUGAUAUAGGCUUAUAGCCUAUUGGCAGAUAUAAACAGUGGAAUAAAAAUUACAUGUUUUGUGCA